AACGGAAUGCGCAUGCGCCUGAGCGUCGCUGGUGGGGUUAUUUAAGAUGGCGGGAGCAUCCCAUGAGGCAAAGGUCAGAUAAUUUAAAGAUUCUACAAAGGAAGGCCGUGGGAAGAGGAGAAAGAUGUUAUCAAGGCCCAAGCCUGGUGAAUCGGAAGCAGACCUGUUGAAGUUCCAGAAUGAAUUCCUGUCAGUGAAAGCUUCCCCAGCUGUGAAAAUUGUCAAGAAAGCAGAUAAAAGAAGAGGGGAUUUGGAGAGCAGAGAUGAUGAGAGAGCCCCACUGCAGCAUGACAGGGAUGUGGUAAUGUUGGAUGACUUUCCUGAUGAACUCCCACCUCUGACACCGGGUCCUCCAAAGAAAUCCAGAUUCAAAAGUACCCAUGUUCGUUUUGAGCAGGACCCUGGAGAGCAUUUGGAUCGUGCUGAUCAACACAUCACUGCAGUCUUCAACAAAAUCAUUGAACAUGAUACAAGCAGUGCCAAGGUGACCAUGCCAGUGUUUACAGGAGGUCCUUUUCCAAGAGUUUUUCACAGGUCUGAAAUAAAAACAGAGAUAAAAUCAGCACCUGGAAGAAAAAGUAUCUUUGCCCAAAAGAUAGCUGCAAAGAGGGCAGCGGAAGUGGCUCAUACUUCUGUCACUGCUUACACUGAGGAAGUUGAACAGAAAAACACAGGAGGAGCUCUUCCAGAGAGUGCCCUGCACCCUCAGUCCUUGAAGGACCAGUGCCAUGGAGAUGAAGAAGAUAAGUCUCUUGGUAGCUUAUGCAGUGGGUGUUCUCGCAUUGUCACUGGUGAGGGUCUUGGAAGCCUGGCUGGUGAGCAAGAAGCACAAAAUAUCCACAAGGAGAACUUGGAGAGGCUACAUUCUAUGUCCAAAGAACAAAUCCUGGAGGAGCAAAAAAAAUUGCUGGCUCAGCUAGAUCCCAGUUUAAUGGCUUUCUUAAAGUCACGACAUGGUACUUCUACAACUGAAGGAAGAGAUGAAAAAUUGGAACAUGAAAAGCCAAGCAAGUUUAUGCAUUCAGAAACACCGCCUGCACCCCAGGAGCAAGGAAAAUCUCACUUAUCUCAGAACUCAGUCAUUGAAGAAGAAUCAGGCAUUGAAAAGUCUCAAAGGACUGAAGUCUCCACAAGAAUUGAUGUCACAGCUGAUGACCUUCCUGUGAAGCCUCAGAAAGAAUGGCUCCACAUGGACAGUGUAGAGUUUGAGAAGCUGGAGUGGAUGAAAGACCUUCCUCAGCCUCGGUGGAGGAAAACCAAAAAGGGGAUGCAGGCACGCUUCAGUCUGAAGGGAGAACUUAUUCCCCCACAUAAAGACUUGCCUACGCAUUUGGGUCUGCACCACCAUGGAGAGGAAGCAGAGAGAGCUGGCUAUUCUCUUGAAGAGCUCUUCCACUUAUCUCGCAGCCAAGUCAUUCAGCAAAGGACUUUGGCUUUGCAGGUGCUGUCCCAUGUUGUCCAGAAGGCCAAGGCAGGGGAGUUUGCCACCUUGCUAAAGGGGAGUGUUCUGCGAAUGCUGCUUGACGCUGGUUUCCUCUUUCUGCUCCGUUUCUCCAUAGAUGACACAGUGGACAAUGUUAUUGCAGCAGCUGUCCACGCCCUCCACACUCUUCUGGUCUAUCCAGAAGAUGAGGAAUAUCUUGACAAGACUUUUUCAUGGUAUCAGGGUAUGACUGUUCACCCUUUUACCCCCAACAAUGAAGAAGAAGAGGAGGAUGCUGAAGAGGAGGAGGAUGAACUUGAUCCAGUUCUUAAGACAGCAGAGAGAAAAUCAAAUGAUGAAAACAAACCAGAUCCAGAAGUGGCACGGUAUGAUGUUGUGAAGGGACUUCUGAAGACCAAAAUUCUUCACCGAAUAAGGUACAUUCUGGAAGUGAUGCAACCUGUGCCUUUGGUAGUCCUGGAGAUUCUAGAUAUCCUCACUCGCAUAGCAAGGCACUCCACUGAAGCAUGCAGCCAAGUCCUGGAUUGCCCUCGUCUGAUUGAGACUGUUGUCAGAGAGUUCCUGCCCACCCAGUGGAACCCAAGAGUAACUGAACCUGGACAGUUUCUCACAAGCCUUCAUGGAGUUCCAUGUGCCACUGCCAUGAAACUAAUUAGAGUUUUGGCAUCUGGAGGACGGAAUGCAGCAGCCAGGCUGCUUAAUAAGUUUGAGAUGAAGAGUCGACUGAGCCGGUUCAUUGCUGAAGAGCCCCAAGAUCUUCCUCUGAGGACUGAGGAUGCUAUACGAAUAAACAUGGAGACGUUUCGCUUGUGGGCUGUAGCUGCUGGUUAUGGACAGGCCUGUGACCUCUACAGGGAUCUUUAUCCUAUGUUAAUGAAGGUGGUCCCUUCUCUGUCCCAGCUGGCCAGUGAUUUUCUUGUGAACAAAUGUACAUUUGAGCUUUCUGUUCAGCGAGCUGCAGCCAUAGUGACUCUGCUUACCCAAGUGACACAGACAGCAGGCUGCAGAGCAGAACUACAAGCCCAGCUCAACAGGAGUGAUCCAAAAGAUGGUGACUUAAUUCCACCUCCACCAGUCACCUGGAGUCAGGUGUCAGGAUUCAGACCCAUCAUUGAAUCUAAUUUGAAGCAAUGCCUUAAGGAGAUAUCCCAGUUGGAUACCUGGCAGGCACUGCAACCUUUGACUGCGGCCUGUGUGCUCUACCUGGGGGUGUACUACAGUCAUUGCAGUCAACAGCCAUCAGUAAACACAAUUGACUGCUUAGAGGAAGUGGAGCAUCUAAGCUCUUCAGUCCUUUUGCCUCUCCUCAGCAAUCCAGCCAUGCAGAUCUUAUGGGAAAUGCUCAGGCCAUGCUCUGUUCUGUGCAAUCCUUUGUCCUGCUUCUCAGCUCCUGAAUCUCUCUCCAGCAUUGUUUCUCUGAGCUGCACUGGAGGCAAGCCCCCAAUGAGCUUAGUGGGUUCUAAAUCACCUUUUCCUUUCCUUACGGCCUUCCUUUUCCUGGUCAAUAGCAUCACUCAUGCUCAUAAAGGACUGGUUAGCAAGUAUGCUUCUAUACUUGAUGGAAAGGAUCUAGAAAACUACCUUCUCCAGAGUUCAACCAAUGGACCACCUUAUCUAACACCUUCCUCUGUGUGGCUUUUGCGACAUGAGUACCACUUUCAGUAUUUUGUGCUUGCACUGGCUCAAAAACUGGCAGGUACUUGUCCAGCUUACAGCCAGCAUGCUUCGCUCCAUCACUGUGUUGCCAUGGCACUGUUAAGUCGUUUGUUGCCAGGCAGCGAGCACCUGGCUCAUGAACUCCUAUUGGGCCUUGUUUUCAAUCCCAAACUGAUUCCGUAAGCAAAGCAGGGGGGACCUGAAGCUGCUGAUUUCUCAGACCUUCUGCACUUGGGCUCAAAAGCAAAGCCAACACAACCAGGCUCAGCAGCUAUCCUUUCUUCACUCCCUAGUCGUGGUGCCUUAUUGGAGGAAUCAUACAGCUAUCUCCCACUUAUCCAAGCCUGCUACCUCUCCCAUUUUGUUUACUUGGAGCCUGCUCUAGUUCGUUCCAGAGAUCUUUAUCAAGGACGAACUCAUCUUAUCCACUCCUUGCUUCUUCCUGAGGCCAAAGGGUCCAUCCUACCUUCUGAUUGGCCAUUCCUUCCUCUGAUCAGCCUGUAUAACAAAGUGACUUGUACAGAACCACAGCAGGCUGUGCUGCCCUCUCUUCAUGUGGAUCUAGUGAGCACUGUCACUCGGAACCUGCAGUGGGUCCUUCUCUUGGAAACGUGGAGAGCCAGAGUCCUUCAGGGCAUCUCAGCCGCAGCCAAACUUGCAAGGCUGAUGUGUGUCUUCCUUAUAGGCAACGAUUUGUUCCUGGAAGGGCCUGUCCAUUGCUAUACUGCUGCUCUCCUCUCACUUUACUGCCAGUCCAAAGUGUUAGACUCCUUGAACUUGGAUGCUCCUCUCCCCGGCUUAGCUUCUUUUCAUGACCUCUACAUCAACUUCCUGGAACAUUUUGAGAGUGUUUCCUUUGGAGACUCUCUCUUUGGAAUCUUUGUGCUUCUUCCUCUGCAAAGGCAGUUUAGUGUUCAGCUAAGGAUGGCUGUCUUUGGAGAGCACACGGGCACCUUGAGGGCACUGGGAGUUCCACACCAGCAGUUUCCCUUACCUCUGGAGAAGUACCUUUCCCCCACUGAGGACAAUCUCAGCCUCUUAAGACAGUACUUCCAGACCUUGGUUACAGGUACCUUGCAGCAGAAGUGGUGCCCUAUUCUUUAUGUGGUUGCUGUGGGCCACAUCAACAGUUUCAUUUUCUCCCAAGACAGCACUACACAGGAAGUUGACACUGCCCGAAAAAAUAUGCUGCAGACAACCUGGCUCCUGACAGAUGAGGCACUGAAGAGACAUCUUCUCUACUACAAAUUGCCAAAUAAAGACAGCCCAUUGGGGUUUGACCUUUAUGAAGAGCUUCCUGCCAUUCGACUGAAAUACCUGUGUGAUGUUACUAAGACAGAACAUAAGUGACAAACCCGUUGAGAAGAAUCAUGGCAACUGACUGGAGAACUGAGGGGCAGUUCUGUGAAGAUUUUAGAAAAGUCUGGUCACUACCUGGUUGGUUGCUUGAGCCUGCCAGAAGUCUCUGUACUGUCAGCCUUAGACUGUCUUGAUUUUGCAAGAACCUUAGAUUAUUGUUUUAUUUCCUGUCUCUAGGCGGUUUUCACAAAAACUUUAAAAAGUGGGAAAAAAUAGAGAAACAAUUAUAUGUACCAACAUAGAAGACUAUUGAUUUUUAAAAAAUAUUUUAUUAUGAUUUUUUAAAAGAAAAAUAAAAUAUGGUAGUAAUAUGGGAUAUUUUCAAUAUGAGCACUUAAUUUUCACACCUUGACUGAAAUGCUAGCCUAAGAAGCAGGAUUAUAUUUAUCUGGAAGACAAAUGUCUAAAUUUAAAAUGUUCAGGAAAGACCAAAAUCCAGUUCUUAGUCUAAACUAUCCAAACUAUAGUAGAUCCAUUUAAUUGGGGUGAAACAGACAGGCAGGAAGGAACAGCUUGAAACCGCCCCUUCUGAAGAUGGAUUGUGGCUGCAGCAACCACACACCAUGGCCCCAAUCUGCCUUGAAGCUGGCCCAAAAGAAGCGGCAAAGAUCUGCUCCUUUUGGAGCUAGAAAAAAGCCAACUUUUGCAGCUCUGCUGCAGCUCGAUGGUGGCUUCAAGCUACUUCGGUGGCAUGCAGCAUAUAAACAUUGUGCCUCCAGAGCAUCUUGAAACCGCCCACAUCUGGGCAGCCAGGCACCUUCACGCUGGCUUCAAGGUGUGAGAGCUUGUGGCAUGUAAAUGCUGUGUUCCGAUGACACCUGGGAGUGGGUUUUUUUCAUAUGUUUGUUCAGGCCCUUAGUGAAACUUAUUUCGAUGGUGACUUACCAAGUUCCUAUUGAUUCAGUGGAGCUAUUCUAAUUGGGGCUAACAAUCAAUGCAACUCUGCAAAAUUGUUCUUGAGAUAAUGAUUUGCAACUUACAUACAUGCUGGAUUACACCUGCCAUCAUCCCCAUGCUUCCUGUGGUGAUGAGAGUCAUAGUUCAUUGUGUCUGAAGGGUGCACUUAACAUGUUUUCUUGAUGAAGCUGGUUGAACUUUGAUUACAAGUGUCCUUGAGCACUUGUUGGAAUCCUCUCUGUAGAAAGGAACAUCUCUAGGAAAAGAUCUGGGUUAUAUUAUCUCUGCGAUGCUGGCAUUUCACAAAUGUGGAGGGACUCUCCUCUGGGAAGAACUGUGCAUGUUGAGUACUCAGAAUUGUACUCUAACACACAGUGAUAAUAGUCCAGAAAGUGUUUACCAUUUGACACGACUCCUUAUAUGACAAGGCAGUGAAGUAUAGAGUUUGUGUCUUGAGUCCUAGUUUUGUAGGGAAAGGCAGGGUGCAGACACAGGUGUGAGAGCCAAAGUAGUAUAAUGGUCUGAGUAGUGGAUUUGGAUUCCAUGAGACAAGGGUUCAAAUCCUUGCUCAGCCAUGGAAACCUGUUGGGUGAGGUAGUACAUGACUAUCUCCAAGCCUUGGAAGAAGAUCUCCUUUGAAUAAAUCUCCUUUAAAUAAAUAAUUCAAAGAAAGCUCUAGGAUACAAUUGCCAUAAGCCAGAGUUAACAUGGCCUAUAACAAACCUAAGUCCUGCAGCUGUUCUGUGCCAGACAUCUUACAAAACUACAUUAGAAGUUUUCAUCUUUUUAUAAAGCCACCUGCUUCUCCCUCUCCCCCUCCCUGUCUCCCUGCAUUAGCUGUUUUUUCUCUCUUUAUUUUUGUAACCUCAUUAUUUUUAAUAAAGUUAUCAUUUGCAGAACAGGAUGUUUUGGCAGCUGCAACUACUAUUGAAGGGAAAGAGAAACAAGUGUACGAUUAGUUUUUGGAAAGGCAAACUGCAAGAAGUGGAGCACCCAUGAUCUAAAAGCUUGCCUAGAACUGCCAACUGCUGGGGUGAGGCGCAAAUAAUUUUUAUGCAAGCAAAGAUUCAUGGUCAGGUUACAAGCCUUCUCUUUGAUCUUUCCAAGAUUAAAAUUGAGAAAAUGUGUGAAUGA